GACGUAGCUCCGCCCCUCGAGGUAUAAAACAGACCCACCCUCCCCUCAGCGCCAUAUUGAGCUCCGCGCAUCAGAGGUGGUUGAGAUUAACAGCGACAUCAUGUCUGACGAAGGAAAGCUGUUUAUUGGAGGACUGAGCUUCGACACUACGGAGCAGUCUCUGGAGGAUGCCUUCUCCAAAUACGGCGUUAUCACCAAUGUUCAUGUCGCCAGAAACAGAGAGACAAACAAGUCGAGGGGCUUUGGCUUUGUCACCUUUGAGAACCCCGAAGAUGCAAAAGACGCCAUGGAGGGAAUGAAUGGAAAAUCUGUGGAUGGCAGGGCGAUCCGUGUGGAUGAGGCUGGGAAGGGAGGCAGUGGCCGCUCUGGAGGUGGUGGAUACAGAGGCGGCAGCGGAGGAGGAGGAAGAGGGGGUGGAUAUUUCCGUGGAGGCAGAGGACGAGGUGGUGGUGGUGGAAGUUAUGGCGGUGGUGGCCGCAGUUACGGUGACGGUGACCGCAGUUAUGGCGGCGGUGACCGUGGCUAUGGAGGCGACCGGGGUUACAGUGGGGGCUACAAGAGUGGCGGUGGUGGUGGAGGAUACAACAGAGACAGGAGUUCCAGCUAUGGAGACCGUGGAAGCUCCUACAGAGACAACUACGAUGGAUAUGCUGCACACGAAUAAGGCCCAAGACCCAACUCUUCACUGGCUGUGUAUUCUAAAGACGUGCUCAUCAAGGAUCUGUUCAUUCAUGUAGAAGCUUUCUUUGUUUAGGAAAAAAAAUCCAGGAAAAUGUGGGGCAGGAAGUUGUUCAUAUUGGCUGUGAAAUGUUUCUCUGCUACCACAAUGGUUAAAAUUUUUUUUUGUUUGUUUUGUUUUUUUUACUUUACUGAAUAAUGCGUCUCAUUUGAAUUUUAUUCCCCUUGGUCUGUUCUGACCAGCUGCCACAGUAUUGCAAUCCAAUCGCAAAUUUUCCAUUUUAAUGGAGGUCCUUAUUUUAUAUUUGGGGUUGCCCUAUGUUUUAGUGAAAAUCUACCUCCUUAAAGGACCUUUUAAGCAGCUGUGGAAUUUUCUUGAAGGCUGAAAAUUGUAGCAGUAUAAUAAAAGUGAUAAAUUCGAGCAAUCUUUCCAUUUAAAAUAAAAGGCUAAUUUGAUAAAGUAGGAAAGUCUUUGUCCAUGUCAAGUAUCCAAAGAGUCAAUUCCUUGCAGACUGGUGAACACUGCUCGAGUGAGCUGGCCAGCACUGGUGCUGUUCUUGAAGUGCAGCUUGCAGCCUGCCACGUUCACCCUCACUCUUCCAGAGGUAUCUCUGCCCUGCUUGACUUUUGCAUUUUUUUAAAACAUGUGCUGUAAAGAUGGACCGACACUCCUAAAUUGUAUAGUAAUCUAUAUGGAAGAUGAAUUCAUGUUGAGAACUGUUACUAUUACCACCCCAAAUCUAAGGGGAUUGUGUGCUCUGUUCUUUGUAUUGGCAUUGGAUCUAUUAUUUGUGUCCUUGGCUUCAUGGAGCCUAUUAAAUGAAACAGUUUGAAAAUCUAA